AUGGCGAAGGGAAGCAAUGGUAAUCGAGAAUCUGAAGACCGUAACGAAGAAGGAAGAAAUGGCAGAGGAGGUCGUGAGGGGAAUGGUAUUGGAUACACUAAAAACAUAAGAAGGGACGGGGGUGGAAGAGAUCAACGCUCACGUGGAGAAGGAAGUAACGGCCGAAGACGCGAGAGAAAACCGAAGGAUUCUUCUUCAGGGUCAUUGACAACACCAACUCCGGACCACCUUUCGAAAUCUUUCUAUCAGGCACCUGUCAUUCUUGAACGUAGACCACAAACUUCCAGCGUUUCAACUCCACAGGUUCCUGACAAGGGUGAAGAAGAAGGCUCUUCACAAACAACGUUUCACCCGCCUGUUCGCAUAUUUCGCGACGAUUCUUUUAACCGCGCAUCUUCAGUUAAUGCACCACGCGUAGAGACCAAGCCAAUGACUUUUAAAGGAAAGCCAUUCGACAAACCAUUUGUGAAAAUGAUUAAUGAGAAGGGUGUACUUAACCACGAAUCUGUUUUAAAGAUUUUAAGUGAUCUUCCGGGUCAUUUCGUUGUUGGAGUAUGUGGACCUCAAGGAGUUGGAAAAUCUACUGUUAUAUCUGCGUUAUGUCAAGACCCGCAGAAUGCUUUCCCUAUGCAAUCAAUUGAUACACUAAAUUUAGCCUGCCAUGAAACUACGGGUAUUGAUGUUCAUAUCACGCCUGAAAGGAUCAUACUUUUAGAUACUCAGCCUGUUUUUAGUUUAUCAGUUCUCGAACAUGCGAUGAGAAAUGAUUACAUUCCAGAUAAUAUAUCACCCGAAUUAUGGCUUGAGCUACAGUCACUUCAAAUUGUUAUCUUUCUUUUUUCGGUUUGCAACGUUGUUAUUACUGUCACUGAGAGUAUAGAUUAUGCAAUGUGGAAUUUUUUAAAGAAAGCAGAAAUGUUGAAAUAUCAUAUACCAGAAUUUCCAACUAUACCAUCAUUAGCGUCAAUGGACGCUGGUACCGAAUACUAUCCUGAUAUUGUAUUGGUAUGUAAUAAAACUUUGCCCGCCGAUUUCACGUCAACUAAACAUACGUCUAUCUGCGAUUUAUUGAAUAAUAUGUUUAAAGAUUCGAAUUUGAAAGUUUUUGGAAAUGUUUCCAUGACAAAGUCAUUGACUAUGUACAAGUAUCCAGAUAAUGAACGAUUACCAAACGUUUUUCUUCUUCCCUAUGAGAAUCAACCCCUUCGUCCUAAAGGGGAGUAUAUUGGAUUUACUUAUUUAAACGCUCCUGAUACAUUUAUUGUCUUGGCAGAAUCUUUGAGAAAUCAAAUAUUUCAGUUGCCAAAAAAGGCUGGUAAAAAAGGCCAGGUGUCUGAAAAAGAAUGGUUCCGAAGUUCAAUGAGAAUUUGGGAUACCGUUCGUAAAUCCGAAUUUAUUACCGAAUAUGGAAAACUUGCGACAAAAUUAAGAGAGAUGUGA